UAUCUGUGGGUUGUAUUUAGUCGACCAACAAAUAUAAUUGUAUCAGACAUACAUAGCAACAAUAUUAAAAUAAUGACACAGCGUUUAGACAAAAAAAUAUUCGACUUGAAAUUAGCUGCCAAGCAGAUAACGAGAAGUGCCAAGAAAUUGAAAAAACAAGAGGCCAAGGAAAUUCAUAUGUGUUUGAAGCAUGUGAUGCAUGGUGAACUGGAAAUAGGGAGGGUACAUGCAGAAAACGCGGUGCGCAACCGUAACCAGAGUUUGGAUUUGUUAACCCUCGGGGCCCGUUUACAAGGAGCCCUGAACAUUCUGCAAGCAGCCACCGUACAAAACGCAGUAACUACGGCCAUGCGGUCAGUCGUCUCGUCCAUGGUCGCGGCCUGUAGUCCUCGUGACAUGCACUUACCGUCACUGUCAGCCACCAUGGACAGGUUCGAAAGGAUGACUGAUCACUUGGGGACGCGACAAACGUGCGUCUCUCAAGCUCUCGGAGGAAUGAAUGCCACGGCAGGGGACGCCGAACAAGUAAACUCGCUCAUGGCACAGAUCGUCGACCGAGCCGGUCUGGACGUCAGGAGCGUAAUGCCGGCGGUGGAGUGCUCGACACUGCAGCAAAUAAAUAUACCGUCGUCGUCGUCGUCGUCGCCACCGACACCGCCGCCGCAGAACCUGCAGGUUUCGGGACUUGACGAACAACUGGCGAAACUCAGAAACUUCUACGGAUGA